UCCUCCCGCGACGCCUGACAGCUCGAGUGAGCCUCGUCGGUCAUUCAUUCGGUGUUUUCUCGGUUUGUGUCGGUCGAAAUCUCCCGCAGCGGCUCCAGCAUGUUCGAGGAGGCCGGUGAGGUGUUGGAGAACAUGCUGAAGGUGUCGUUCCCGCUCAGUCUGGUGCUGUUUCUGGUCCUCGUGUGUCCGUUGCGCGCGGAAGCGGCGCAUGAGUUCAGUGUGUACCGCAUGCAGCAGUACGACCUGCAGGGGCAAACCUACGGUUCGCGUAAUGCCAUCUUGAACACGGAGGCUCGUACGGUGGAGGCUGAAGUGCUGAGUCGUCGCUGUGUGAUGAUGCGGCUCGCCGAUUUCUCCUAUGAGAAAUACCAGAAGGCCCUGCGUCAGUCAGCGGGAGCCGUGGUCAUCAUCCUGCCGCACAACAUGUCCACCCUGCCCCAGGACAUAGUGCAGCAGUUCAUGGAGCUGGAGCCGGAGCUGUUGGCCACCGAGACCAUCGUGCCGGUUUACUUUGCUCUGGAGGAUGAGGAGCUACUGUCCAUCUACACACAGACACAGCUCUCCUCGUCCUCACAGGGGUCUUCAUCCGCCGCUGAAGUGCUUCUUCAUACGGCGACAGCUAAUGGUUUUCAGAUGGUGACCAGUGGAGCUCAGAGUAAAGCUGUCAGUGAUUGGGCCAUUACUAGUCUAGAGGGCCGUCUCACAGGGUCGGGAGGAGAAGAUCUGCCCACCAUCGUCCUGGUGGCUCAUUACGACUCAUUUGGAGUCGCUCCGUGGCUAUCAUACGGUGCGGACUCAAAUGGCAGUGGCGUCGCUAUACUGCUGGAGCUCGCACGACUGUUUUCCAGACUCUAUUCCUACAAGAGGACUCAUGCUGGAUAUAACCUGCUGUUUUUCUUGUCGGGAGGCGGGAAGUUCAACUAUCAAGGCACUAAACGCUGGCUGGAGGACAAUCUGGAUCACACAGAUGCCAGUCUGCUCCAGGACAAUGUGGCGUUUGUCUUGUGUCUGGACACUCUGGGAAACAGCGACAACCUUCACCUCCAUGUGUCCAAACCACCAAAAGAGGGAAGCCCUCAGUACACCCUCCUCAAAGAGCUAGAAACCGUUGUGGCCCAUCAGCACCCUGACCUGAAGUUCGCGAUGGUCCACAAGAAGAUCAACUUGGCGGACGACACUCUGGCGUGGGAGCACGAGCGCUUCGGGAUCCGCCGCCUGCCCGCCUUCACCCUGUCCCACCUGGAGAGCCACCGCAGCCCCGCGCGCCACUCCAUCAUGGACAUGCGGUCAGUGUCGCCCUCUCUGGAAGGGGCAGGAGAGGCCACCACUGGGCCUCAUGUGGAUCUGGGGAAACUCAGUCGGAACACUAAAGUUAUUGCAGAAUCGUUGGCCAGAGUCAUAUAUAACCUGACGGAGAAGGGUGUCACUGGAGACCUGGAGAUCUUCACUGAACAGAUGCAGGUGCAGGAGGAUCAGCUGGCAUCUCUGGUGGACUGGUUGACCGCUCAGCCUCGAGCUGCUCAGCUUCUGGAUAAAGACAGCAGCAUCAUCAACACACUGGAGCAUCAGCUCAGCCGAUACCUGAAGGACGUCAAGAGACACCUGGUGCGAGCAGACAAGAGAGACCCUGAGUUUGUGUUUUAUGAUCAGCUCAAGCAGACCAUGAAUGCUUACAGGGUAAAGCCAGCAAUCUUUGACCUGCUGUUGGCCGUCUGUAUCGCAUCUUAUCUCGGCGUGCUGUAUUUGGCCAUCCAGAAUUUUGGACUUCUGUACGGUUUUCUGCGUAGAGUCACGGCUCCUCGGGUCAAACAGCACUGAGCGGUUCGUCUCUUCACGCGCCUGCAAUACGAAACAGAGCCAAGAGUGUGUUUGCUUUCUUUAUAUCACAUAAUAGUUUGUCUGAUUGAUCGACUGAUUGCCUUUUUGAGAAUGAACGUUGAUUUUCAUACCAAGUGUUUCAUCCACUACAUCUCCGCUAGCCUUCGAAGUCUUCCUUGUCUCAGCGUUGCCUCGAGUCCUGUAUUCUUACAAAUACAAUCCGCAAUGGUUCAAAUGCAGUUGAGUUAAUUUCGAUUGUUUCGUUGAAUCAAUUGAGGAUUGUGGUUACCUGAAAGCCCUUCCUCGUGUGGUUUUUCUUCUCUGGCAGCUACUGUAAAGUGGGCCAAAAUGGUGUCUGGUUGGGUUAACGCUCUUCAAUCUUCGAAAUGCUGAUUCUUUUCGGAGCGAGUAUUAAAAUGAUAUCUAUAAUUAUGUUCGGAAAUCUGGCAUUUCAUGUUUCGCUUUUAUCCUUCUGUUUUUUUUCCUCUGCAUUAUUUACUUAAAGUCAUAAUUCUCUCAUUUCUUUCUUGUCGUUUUGACAUCCGAAGUCCAGUUCUGCUUCUCAUCGGGAAGUGGUUUGGUACAAGUUUGCUGUUAUUUAUACUACGACAUGCACUGAUUUGUUUUAUGUUUGUUCUCUGAAUUUGAUUUGACUUUACAAAUCAAGAGGUACAUAAACUUGAUUCUUGAGGAUGAAGAAAUAUAAAGAAAAAUAAAGACAUUUGUUGAAUGAAGAAAA